AGUAUUUUUAACGUUUUUGCCAAAAAUCAAAGAUGGCAACUCGAUUUGCCAAACUGCUGGAGAUGCUUUGAGUGUGUAAAAGAUGACUUAUGCAUGUCUACACGUGUCUGUAUCUUCCCUCCAUUCCAAAUUUUAAGUCAUUCCAACUUUCUUGGAGAGUUAAAAUAUUUCAAAUUUGACCAAAUUUAUACAAUAGAGUCUUACAUUUAUGAUACCAAAUAAAUACCAUUAAAUGUACUUUCAUAGUAUAUUUAUUUAGUGCUAUGAAUCUUUGUAAUCUUUUCUUAAUUUUAGUUAAACACUAGAAAUUUUAAAUGACUUACAAUUUGAAUUUGAAACGAAGGGAGUAUUAUUUACUAUUUUUCUUUUACGCGUGUGGCAUUUUUCAAGUCAAAAUAAAUAAAAUCAAAUACAAUUUUAUGGUUAAUUUUUUCGAGUAAAGUCCAAUAAACUUCUGAUCUGUGUGCGAAUAUGAAAUUUCAUCUUUGUCCAUCUAUGAGUCUAUAUUAUUUUAUAUUUUUCCUAUCUGAUAUUGCGAGCCACCCUAGUCCUUUCCUACAUAGCCCUCAUCGGAUUUUUUUUUCAGAGCUCAAUACCGCAGAAUUACGAAAUAUAGCAUCAUGAAAUUUUUUCCUUUUCACAUAUAUUUCAUAUACUAAAGUGAAGUAAAAAACAAUAAAUAUGACGUGGCUCGAAAUGUAGAAAGGAUUUGAAUUCGGUUCCUCCGGCCGGGCCGACUCGAAUACCAGCAAUAACCACCAUCGAAGUCGGUUGGCGUCGCCGCCAACUCCGAUCCAACGGAGCCUCCCUCAACUUUCCUCUCCGACGACUGGGCUCACCUCGACGAGACGACCUCGCGCGCAGAAGCCGUCAGCGAUGGCAGACGGGUUCUUGACGAGGCACGGGUUCCCGCGCGGCUUCCGCUUCGUGCCCACGGAGUUGGAGCUCAUCCGCCUCCUCUCCCACCGGAUCCACCGCGGCAAGCUCCCUCCGUCGUUCGACCGCAUCUUCCACAACCUCCGAAUCCUUGACUACCACCCCGAGGAGCUCUACGGUCAGUCAGAUCCAUCCACGCAACUUCUUCUCCGACCCCUUCUCUUCGUCGUCGUCCCCCCGAACCCUCUCCUGCACAUCCUUGCAGAGAGGUACAAGGAGGACGCGGAGCACCACUACAUAUACUUCUUCAGCCGGCGGGAGUUCCAGAAGAAGGGAGCCGGCGGCGCGGCCCCCGGGGACAAGGACCAGAAGAAGGGAGCCGGCGGCGCGCCCCCCGGGGACAAGAACCAGAAGGGCCCACGGCUGGUGCGCGCGGCCAGGGGUGGUGGGUGGAAGGCCUCGGGCGGCGGCCAGAACCUGCGGUGGCCGCGAAGGAAGGGCGGUUUCUACGCCGGGAGGUGGAUGACCCUGGUGUUCUACGAUCGCGGGGUUGACAAGAGCAAGUGGAGCAUGCACGAGUUCGUCGUCCCCGUACACGAACAAGAGAACCUCAUCAGCUCCCCGCCGACACAUGUCAGUAUCCCUCCCAACCUGGAAGAUUCAAAAUUAAGCUAAU